UUUCGUUAACUGUUUUAUUUUGUUAAUCGCGCGCAGAAAGACGCUAAAAUUGUUUCAAGCGGUAGAAGAAUUUCAAACUCGACUCUCUUCCUUCAAACCGGUUUUUCUUGAAUAACAUUGUAAAAAGAUUAAAUGAAGACAUAGCAACUUCCACUCACUGUAUAGUAGUAGUAACAGAGAGUUUAUUAAUCGACAGUGGAUUGAUUUUCAUAUUUUUUAUCUUACUAAAAAUUUAACAAAGAACAUUUGUAAAUACUAUAUUAAACGUGACAAAUACAGUAUUUCUAUAUUAGACUGUAUUUCGAUUUAUUAAUAUAUUUCAAAUGAAAAGAUUAAUUAUUUUUCUCACCAUAAUUAUAAUUCAUUUAAUUUGUGGAUUGGACAGUGACUUACAUUUUCAAUCAAAAUAUUCUAGAUAUGAAUUCAUUUUACAUAAAUGUAUAGCCAGUGCUCAAUUAAAUAGAAAACAUCAAAUUGCAAUGCAAGAGAAAAAUUCGACUGCACGGCAGGUGCAAUCUCCAACUGUUUCUCUCAAUUUGAAAUUGAAUAAAAGUCAUCCAUUUAACAAUUCCAAAACAACCCAUAAUAAUGUCGGUAUGGAACAUUAUUUUAUAAAACGCAUGGAAAAUACACCUUUAAGGACUUUAAAUAUUAAAGCUAUGCAAAGUUUGUUACCUAUAUUUACAAAAAAAGAUUUACUACCAGAAUUGGAAAAAGUCACUAACAAGACUACAAAUACAUCACACAGUAUUAUACUUAUUAAAUCAGCAACAUAA